AUGUUUGGAAAACAAGCGUUCUUCGCCAUUAUAACGGUUCAAUUGCUUGCAUUGUCGCAUGCAAGAGUGAUCAGCCAGUGUAGCUCCGAAGCAGUAGGAUUUCAGACGAAUACCGACGCAACAUGCAACACACAAUAUCCUUACAUUUACUGUAACGGAGCAAGUUCGACCUAUUGUACGCUCGAACUGUGCUCAGAAGAAAACGAGUGUAACAGUGAAGCUGUUGCUGAAGUACCAUCUGCUCCUGUAGCAGCUAUAACACCCCCAACAAUUGCCCCAGCACCCGCAACAACUGCACCGACCCCGGCUCAGGCGAUAUUAUCACCAACACCUACACCGACACCGGCUCAACCGAUAACACCACCAACAAUUGCACCGGCACCGGCUCAAUCGAUUACACCAGCAACAGUUGCACCGGCUCAACCGAUUACACCAGCAACAGUUGCAUCGUCACCGGCUCAACCGAUAACACCAGCGACAGUUGCACCGUCACCGGCUCAACCGAUAACACCAGCGACAGUUUCACCGUCACCGGCUCAACCAAUAACACCAGCAACAGUUGCACCGGCACCAGCUCAACCGAUAACACCAGCAACAGUUGCACCGGCUCAACCGAUUACACCAGCAACAGUUGCAUCGUCACCGGCUCAACCGAUAACACCAGCGACAGUUGCACCGUCACCGGCUCAACCGAUAACACCAGCAACAGUUGCACCGGCUCAACCGAUUACACCAGCAACAGUUGCACCGGUGCCGGUUCAAACUACGACCGAAACUACGGCUACCAUUAGAGAAAAAUGCACAGUUAACAAGAAAUUUUCUGUACCCUACUUUGGCAGUUGCCGUUAUUUUUACCAUUGCGUUAAUGGCUACUUUGGAAUUGGUGAUUGCGGUUUCUACUUGUACUUCGAUGUCAACGAAAGCAAAUGUAAGAUUAGAACACAAACGAGCUGUCAGUAG